AUGGAUCCAGUCACAUCGGGAUUGGACCCCACGGUUCCUCUUGAGACGUUCGCCAACACCAGUAUCCCUACCGGCGGCGACUCACGGUUGUACAACCUCAAUGUCUUCUACAAUGCCGGCGAUAUCGCAUGGAUGAUUACUUCGACUGCACUCGUGCUGCUUAUGAUUCCGGGCGUAGGCUUCUUCUACUCCGGCCUCGCACGCCGAAAAUCCGCCUUAUCUCUCCUAUGGCUCUCCAUCAUGGCCACAGCCGUCGUCUCCUUCCAAUGGUUCUUCUGGGGCUACUCGCUCGCCUUCUCGCACAAAGCCGGUCGCUACAUCGGCGCGCUGGACAACUUUGGUCUCAUGAACGUCCUCGGCGCCCCCUCAGUCGGUAGCCCGCGUAUCCCCGAUUUACUCUUUGCCGUCUACCAAGGCAUGUUUGCUGCUAUCACUGUCGCCCUCGCUGUAGGCGCCGUCGCAGAACGCGGCCGCAUGCUCCCUUGCAUCAUCUACAUGUUCAUCUGGACAACCAUCAUCUACGACCCCAUCGCCUGCUGGACAUGGAACUCCUCAGGCUGGGUCUUCAACCUCGGCGGCCUCGACUUCGCCGGCGGAACACCCGUGCAUAUCGCAUCUGGAUGCGCCGCUCUAGGCUACUCGUACAUGCUCGGCAAGCGCAGCGGACACGGGACCCAGGAGCUCAACUAUCGCCCGCACAACGUCACCCACAUUGUUAUCGGCACUGUUUUCCUGUGGGUGGGCUGGUUCGGGUUCAAUGCGGGUUCCGCCUUGUCUGCUAAUCUGCGGGCUAUCAUGGCGGCUGUGUGCACGAAUUUGGCAGCGUGUGUUGGGGGCAUUACUUGGUGUCUGGUUGACUACCGUCUCGAGCGCAAGUGGUCCACCGUUGGCUUCUGCUCUGGCGUCAUUGCAGGGCUCGUCUGCAUUACCCCUGGCUCUGGAUACGUGCCUGCUUGGGCGGCCGUCGUGUUUGGUGUCUGCGGCGGUAUUGCUUGCAACUACGCCACCAAGCUCAAGUACUUCUUGCGCUGUGACGAUGCUCUGGAUAUCUUUGCCGUACACGGCGUCGGUGGCUUCGUUGGAAAUAUCCUAACUGCCUUUUUCGCUGCAGACUACAUUGCCCACCUCGACGGCUACACCGUCAUCAAGGGCGGCUGGCUAAACCAGCACUGGAUCCAACUUGGCUACCAACUCGCAGACUCCUUCUCCGGCGGCGCCUACUCCUUCGUCGGCACCUGCCUCAUCCUCGGCAUCCUGGAUUUCCUCGGCCGUUAUAUCCCCGCCCUACGUCUGCGCGCAACCGAAGAAGAAGAAGCCGCUGGUAUCGACGACGUUGAAAUCGGAGAGUUUGCUUACGACUACGUCGAGCUCACCCGCGAAAUCAAAGUCCCAGACGAUGACAGCGACGACCGCGACGACAUCAUGGACGAAGGCGUCUCGAUGCAAGGCCUUGAGGGCCGUGGCGCUGGAAUGCCCGUAUCCAAUCAUCACCAUGAGAAGAAUCAGGAAUCUGUUGAUUCUUCGAAUCAGCAGCUUGCUGAAUGGGCGCAUGGCCAUUGA